UUGGUGAUGUUCAACACGAAUUAGGACUCCGGCUACAGAAAAUCUAGAAGAUGUGAAAGAUUGUACCUUUAUAAUGAACCGAUACGUACAGAACAAACCCUUUCUGUAUUAAUUUCUGAUUUAAUUUUUUUCCAUAUAGAGAGAAUUAAACGGAAAUCUCUUCUCUCAUAACCCAAAAAGCACAAACAUCGAUUUAUUCCGCCGCCGCCGCCGCCACCGCUCUUCUUCUUCCUCGCAAAUUGCAGUGAUUGAACUACAGUCAAGGCCAAAUUACCCUUCCUACGGGAGAAUGAGUGCUCCUUCUUCACCGGAAACAAUAUGUUUGCAGUGUGGCGAUAGAGGAUUCGAUAAUGCGUUUGUAUACUGCGUAAAAUGCCUAGAAGUUGCUGUGCAUCGCUACUGCCUGGAUGUAAUACCGAAAACAACCGAUGAAUUCGUUCGAUGGGUUUGUGAAGACUGUGACGUGGAAUUCCAAAAUCCGCCAGUUGUCGGCAAACACGACUCCGGUCAGUGCCACUCUGUAGACCGUACGUCAGACCAUAUUAUAGGUCAAUCCGAAGUUGGAACAACUGACGUGGCAUUCCAAAAUCCGCCAGCUGUCGUUAAACACGACUCCGGUCAAUGCCACUCUGUAGACCGUACGUCAGACUGUAUUAUAGGUCAAUCCGAAGUUGGAACAACUGAAAAUGAUUCGGUUGCAGUUAAUACACACACUCUACCUAUGGAACUCGACAUUCUUUAUUCAGCAUCUGAAAGAAAACCAAUGUGAAAUUAACGCAACAAACAUUGACGA